CGCGUGCAAUGACUCUCGGCCUGGCGUCGCCGUCGUGGUGAUGGGGUCAUGGGCGUCCUAGUGGCGUCACAGGCUCUCCCAACUGUUUCAAAGUCGCGAUUCGCACUGACCUGACAGCUACGCGCCCUGCCGAUAUGGGUGUAGAUAAUGGCCGUCUGGCUAUUUCUGGCAGACCAGCGACUAGCAGAUGACGACCGUCUUCCAUUCCGGGCCGUCCGAGACAGUCUGCGUCCCGUUCUCCUGUCGCGGUGGAUCUGUUCGUCAGCCACCGACUUCCGCCGCCGACACUUACUGACUGCAAAUACUUAUUGCUUGCUGUCCACUUCUCUCUUGGCAACCCUGACUUUUUUUUUGCUGCUGCCAGACGCUCGCAGAGGCCGUUGCCGUUGUCUUGUCCUUCACCAUGGGCUCCGAAGUCGUAGCCGUGCCGCCUCCUCUGCGCAAAAAGGUCCUGAGGGUCCUGUUCGUCUCGCUGCUGCUGGAUCUGAUAUCCUUCACCUUCAUCCUGCCCCUGUUCCCCAAGCUCAUCGAGUUUUACCGCAACCACGAGACGGGCGACCCCAACACGGUCCUCUCCAAGAUCCUCGCCGGCCUCAAUGCCUACAAGAACUCGUUUGCCAAGCCCAUCAACUCGCGCUACGACAUUGUCCUGCUCGGCGGCGCUCUCGGAUCGCUCUUCUCCCUCUGCCAGGCCAUCGCCUCGCCCUUGAUCGGCACCCUCUCGGACCAGCAUGGCCGGCGCACCGCGCUGUUGUGGUCCAUGGCCGGCAACAUCCUCAGCGUUGCCCUCUGGGUUGCCGCCACCGACUUCCGCACCUUUCUCGCCAGCCGCGUCGUGGGCGGCUUGAGCGAGGGCAACGUCCAGCUGGCCAUGGCCAUUGCUACCGACAUCAGCGACGAAAGCCAGCGCGGCUCGACAAUGGCGCUCGUCGGCGUCUGCUUCAGCAUUGCCUUUACAUUUGGCCCCACUCUCGGCGCAUAUCUCUCGACCCUGCGCAUCAUGGACAAGAACCCCUUCGCCAUGGCCGCGGGCUUCUCCCUCUUCCUCAUCGUCACCGAGACAAUCUAUCUGUAUACCAGCCUUCCAGAGACGCUCCCUGCGGUGGUCAAGACGCAGAAUGCCACACCCAACGGAAAGGCAAAAGACAGCCCUGCACCCAAGCCGCGUGCGCGCACAAACUCGCAUUUCCUCCUCAACGCCACGCACUUCACCUUCAUCCUCUUCUUCAGCGGCAUGGAGUUUUCGCUUCCCUUCAUGACAUACGAUCUGUUUGCUUACGAAGCAAAGGACUCGGGCCGCUUGCUCGGCUUCAUGGGCUUGGUCGCUUCGCUACUUCAGGGCUCCGUGGUGCGUCGCAUGCACCCACUCAAGGUGGUUCAGAUGGGUGUAGUCAGCUGCACCAUAGCCUUUGUCAUGCUGGGCAGGGUACAAACGCAGGGCGCCCUCUAUGGAGCCGCUGCUCUACUGGCUGUCACGAGUGCAACCGUUGUUACCGGCCUUAACAGCUUGUCAUCUUUCGAGGCUGGUGCUAGCGAACGCGGAAACAAGCUAGGCAAUCAUCGAAGUUUCGGCCAAAUUGGGCGCUCUCUGGGACCCCUAAUCUUCUGCUCCCUCUACUGGUGGGCGGGCCGAGAAACGGCAUACGCCACUGGAGCCGCUGGUAUGGUAGCCGUAGGCGGAUUGGUAUUUGCAGGGCUCAAAGUCCCACCGGGCACGGAGAAGGUUGACAAGAUGGACCCGACCGCAACUGCUGCCGCAUCACUGGCAGCUAUCUCUGGCCUUGCCGCAUACCUCAAUGCAAAGUAUCACAUUACACAAGAUCUGUCCGUAUUGAGGGCGAAGAGCAAUGCGGCAAAGAACUUUGAACAGCUCGUCAAAACCAAACGCCAAUGCCUGUGGUACGCAUUUGCUCCCCAGGUUCCAAAGUACAGCAACAACUUGUGCAUCUGGUCCCGCACCAAAACCUACACAUGGCAGCAAGUACACGACCGCGCUGUCCAAUGGGCCAACUUCUUCCUCGCCCAGGGCGUGAAACCUGGCGAUUUGGUCGCCACCUAUCUCAUGAACAGUGCUGAUUUCAUCGUCAUCUGGCUCGGCCUUUUGUGUAUUGGCUGUGCCCCGGCCCAUGUCAACUACAACUUGAAAGACGAGGGACUGGUCCAUUGCCUGAAAGUUGCCCAAGCGAACCUCGUUCUUGUUGACGGGGACGCGGAGUGCUUGGAGAGAUUCAACGGCGUAAGAGAAAGAAUCGAAGAGAUGGGCGUCAAGCCAUUCGUCGUGGACGAGAACAUGUUGGCGAGUGUCUACCAGGGCAGUACCGUCGUUCCCGGGGACGAACUGAGAGAAAACGUGAGUGCUAGGGAUCCCAUGUGUCUGCUUUAUACCUCUGGAACAACUGGAUUCCCCAAAGCCGGCAAGUUCAUGGUGGGCCGAUUCCAUGAACGCGGAAGCUCCGAAACUCCUCCCUUUGGCCAGAAAGCAGGGCCAGACGGCGAUCGCUGGUACUCUUGCAUGCCCUUGUUUCACGGAACAGGAGGCAUAGCUCUCUUGAGCGCGGUGACGACCGGCAUGAGUGUAGCGGUAGGACGCAAGUUCUCAGUCAAGACCUUCUGGGACGACAUCCACGACUCGCAAGCCACAACAUUCGUCUAUGUUGGUGAAGCAGCCCGCUAUCUGCUCAUGGCGCCGCCACACCCACGCGAGAGAGACCACCGAUUGCGCGGCAUGUACGGCAAUGGCAUGCGGCCAGAUGUAUGGGACCGGUUCAAGGAACGCUUCAACAUUGCCGAAGUCAUGGAAUUCUUCAACUCUACCGAAGGCGUGCUGGGCAUGGUCAUUCACAGCAAGGGUCCCUUCACAGCAACUACCGUUGCCCAGCACGGAGCUAUCCUCAGGCGCGCUAUACACAACGUGUACGUGCCCGUAGCCGUUGAUCCGGAGACAGGGGACCUGAUCCGCGACCCAAAAACUGGAUUCGUGAAGCGUAAUUCGUACCAGGAAGGCGGCGAAAUCAUCGUUGCUGUGCCCAGCGAAGACGCGUUUGCUGGCUAUCAUAACAAUCCCGAGGCCACAGCCAAGAAAUUCGUACGAGACGUGUUCAAGAAAGGCGAUUUGUACUUCCGAUCUGGCGAUGCGCUGCGGAGAGACGACCACGGACGGUGGUACUUCCUGGACCGGCUGGGCGACACAUUCCGAUGGAAGAGCGAAAACGUGUCCACGGCCGAGGUAGCCGAAGUGCUCGGAAAGUUCCCUGGUGUAGGCGAGGCCAUUGUAUACGGGGCUCUGGUCCCCAAGCACGAUGGCCGCGCUGGCUGCGCUGCUCUCCGCUUAUCCGAUGGCAUCACCAACCUGGAGACAUUCGACUGGAAAGCCUUGCUAGAGCAUUCCCGCAACAAGCUCCCCAAAUACGGGGUGCCCGUAUUCCUGCGCCUCGUCAAAACAUCCAGCAACACGGAUAACCAAAAGCAGAACAAAGCACCGCUGCGCGACGAAGGGAUUGACAUUGACAGGUAUGGCACCAAGGUGGUGGGAGGCGCCGACGACGUCGUCAUGUGGAGCAAGCCGGGCCAAGAUGGAUACGUCCGGUUUACGAGGGAUGACUUGGAGGCGUUGAGAAGUGGGAAGAUUUCCUUGUAGUAGAUGGAUGCAUCUUGAUACGACAUAUCACGCUUUUUUUUAUAUUUGGUAGUCUAGAAUCUUCAAGUACCUAAAA